AUGAAGUUUGAACACCUACUCUCGCUUGUCAAUGGAUUUGGACGGUUCCAGAUGAUGAUCAUUAUCAUCAGCUUUAUUGGUCGAUUCACCCUGCCGUGUCACUUCCUGCUGAACAACUUCAUAGCGGCCGUGCCCUCUCACCACUGUGAUCUCAGCGCUCUGGAUGAUGGCAGCGUCUUUGGGAAUCUGACCCAGGAGCAGAGACUGACUGUCAGUGUUCCAGUACAGGAAGACGGGACUCCAAGCUCCUGUAAGAUGUUCCCAGAGCCCCAGUUCCACCUCCUGUCCAACUCCAAUAACAGUGACCUAGCUACAGUCCCCUGUCAGAAUGGAUGGGCAUAUGACAACAGCACCUUCAAAUCCACUCUGGCUACAGAGUGGGACUUGGUGUGUGACCAGAAAGGGCAAAAUAAGGCGACAACAACCAUCUUCUUCAUAGGCGUGAUGUUCGGAGCUAUGACCUUUGGAAGUCUGAGUGACAGGUUUGGUAGGAAGACCAUGCUCCUGGUGUCCUAUAUCUCUGGCAUGCUCUUUGGUAUUGCCAGUGCUUUCUCCACCUCCUUCAUCAUGUUCGCUGUGCUCAGGUUCUUCACUGGGUUCGGUAUCACCGGCAUCGUCAUCGUCUCAUCAGUGCUCAGUGUGGAGUGGGUGGACAUUGAGCACAGGAAGCUGGUGGGAGUGAUUGAUAGCCUAUCCUGGACAUUUGGUUACUGCAUGAUUCCAGCCAUAGCCUACUGUGUGACCGACUGGAGACAGCUGACCAUAGCGGUCACCUCACCUCUCGCUCUAGCCAUACUCAUCUGGAGGUGGAUUCCUGAGUCAGCCAGGUGGCUCAUAGCCAAUGGGAAGUUUGAGAAAGCUUACUUUUAUUUGCAACAAUGUGCCCAGAUGAACCAGAAGGAGGAGUUUGGAUCCAAAAUUACACCAGAGACUCUGUCCAGUAUCAUUGUGACAGAAAGAAAAGACAGAACUCACUCCUACCUGGACCUGGUCAGAACCCCAAAGAUGAGGAGACUGGCUCUACUAACAGGCAUAGUGUGGUAUGGUGUGGCGUCAACAUUUUAUGGCAUUAGCUUCAACAUCACUGGAUUUGGACUCAACAUCUAUCUAACCCAGUUUGUGUACGGUGCCAUAGAGCUGCCAGCCAAACUGUCAGCGUACUACCUUCUGGAUAAGGUGGGCAGGAGAAACACUGAAGUGGGAUCUCUGCUAGGAGCUGGAGUCUGUCUCGCUAUCAAUAUCUUUAUACCCAGAGACAUGUCUGUUUUAAGGACGGUGGUGGCGGUGCUGGGGAAGGGUUGCUCGGCAACAUCCUUCACAACCGUCGUGUUGUACAGCUCUGAGCUGUUCCCUACUGUGGUCAGGCAGAAUGGCAUGGGCUACAACUCAUCUAUGGGUCGUCUGGGAGUGUCUCUGGCCCCUCUGAUCCUGCUGCUGGACGAGGUGUGGAGGGACCUUCCCCAGGUCCUUCUCUGCUCCAUAGCCCUGCUGGCUAGCCUGGUGGCCAGGAUGCUGCCUGAGACACGGGACCGCUGUCUACCAGAGACCAUCCAGGACGUCGAGGACGGGCAGACAGGGUACGAUAUAGACUCUGAUAGCCUCUGUGAUACAGACACUUAAGGU